GUCCAGUCCAGAUAUUUGGAUGGGAAGCAGUUGCAGUAGUAGUGCAGAGAAGAAGUAGAAGUAGUAGCAGCGGCAGGGCGAGGCGAGGCGAGGCGAAAGCUUGACGCGGCAACCACCACUCGGCGGAGGUCCAGAGCUCGCAACGCAAGCUCCCAACAAUUAUGUCCGGAAAGAUUUGGUCGGCCAAGCUCUCUCUCUAAAACUCUGGCCACUUUGCACAAAAAGGAAGCCUUUCGGUGGCCAGUCUGACGGAGAUGGCGCAUGAUCCGAGCCUGGGUUUCGCGGACUAUUUCUCGGCUGCGGAUGCCACGGCGGCGUCGGUCGCGACGCUUAUGCCGACGGUGGAGGACGGGGCGCCAGAGCUGUUCGGCUUGCACGCCGACAUGGAGUUUCUCGGCAUGCGAGGCUUGGCCGCCAUGCCAGGCGCGGCGUCGGCCGCUGCUCACAGUCACAGCAAGGCUGUGCUCAUCGACGCCGGACCAGACGGCGGCUCCACGAACGCCACCAUGCGCUUCCUGAGCGCCGGUCAGCAGCAGCAGCAUCACCAGCCGAGCCAGGCGCCGCUUUCCCUGUCGCUGUGCCGGCCGGAUGGCGUGGGCGUGACGUUGCACCAGCACCUCGGCGGCUCGUCGCGGCAGCAGCAGCCGGCACCCGGGGCAUGGAUGAUGCACGAUUAUUCGGCGCCGCAGGGGCAGCACGCGGGCGCGUGGCAGCUGCGCUGCUCCAGGUUCCUCCUCCCGGCGCAGGAGCUCCUGCAGGAGUUCUGCAGCCUCCUCGUGGACGCCAGCGCCAACAAGCACGCGAAGGCGGCAACGACAAAGCCGUCGUCGCAGCAGCAGCCAGAAGACGGCGGUGACGGGUCGUCGCCGUCGGCCUCCCGGGCCCCAUCGCCGCAGAUCCGGGCCAUGGACGCGCUGGAGCUGCAGCGGCUCAAGGACAAGCUCUACAUCAUGCUGGAAGAGGUGGACAGGAGAUACAGGAGGUACUGCGAGCAGAUGCGGGCGCUGUCGGGCGGGUUCGAGGCGGUGGCCGGGGAGCGGGCGGCGGCGGCGUACACGGCGCUGGCGUCGCGGACGAUCUCGAGGCACUUCCGGAACCUGAGGGACGGCAUCCUGGCGCAGCUGCAGGCGGUGCGCAAUGCGCUCGGGGAGAAGGACGUGGCCGUGCCGGGGAUGACGCGUGGGGAGACGCCACGGCUGAGGGUGCUGGAGCAGUGCAUCCGCCAGCAGAAGGCGUUCAACCAGGCCGGCAUGAUGGAGAGCCACCCGUGGCGGCCGCAGCGCGGCCUCCCCGAGCGCGCCGUCACCAUCCUCCGGGCCUGGCUCUUCGAGCACUUCCUUCACCCGUAUCCAAGCGACGUGGAUAAGCACAUUCUGGCACGCCAGACGGGCCUCUCGCGGAGCCAGGUGUCCAAUUGGUUCAUCAAUGCGAGGGUGAGGCUGUGGAAGCCAAUGGUGGAGGAGAUGUACGUGGAAGAGAUGAAGGACGGCCAGGAUGGCGGCAGCAGCGGGGGCCAGCAGAGCCUAAACCCUAACCCUAGCUGCAGCCACGCCUCCGAGGCGCACGGCGGCGGCGGGCAUGGCGUCGAUGAGACAGAUGGUGGUGACAACGGUGAUGACCGGAAGCCGACGCGGGAGCAGCUCCUGCACGACGCGGGCUCGCUAGCUUCGAUCGUGAACAUCGGCGGCGUGGCGCGCGCGGGCGCCGCCAAAGGCGCGCGGCUGGAGAACUUCGGCCUCAUGGACCACCUCGACUUCGACGCGUACGACGGCCAGCAGGGGGGCUUCGGUGGCGCCGGCGGCGUGUCCCUAACGCUAGGCCUGCAGCAGCACGACUCGCACGACGGCGGCGUGAACAUCGCGUUCGGCGCGCCGCAGUCCGAGCACCACGGCGGAGCCGCGGGGUAUCUGUUCACGGCCGGGGAGCAGAUGGUGGAGGGCGGCGCCGUGCACCCGGGGCACGGUCACCACGUCCAGUUCGGUGCGGCCAGCAUUGACGGCGAGGCGGCGCACGGGCCGCAGGAGCACUACAGGGGCCUGAGCGCUGGGUUUCACCUGCUGCGCGACUUGGCCGGGUGAUCCACAUCUGCCUGGGUGCCAACUUUGCGAUGGGGAUGUCGCACCGGCGCCUAGCGGAUGGCAUGCGACAUGCUGUGUGCUACAGGUUUUGCUUGGCUCAUGCCGCUCUCGGCGCCGGGGCAGGUCUCUGUCGAUCUCCAACGCCGACUCGGCUGUGGCUGCCUGAAUUAUGUAGCGUAUACAGUGCAGCAGCAGAGGAUCGAGUAGACGCGCGGUGCAAUCGUGAGGGCCGGACCGAGUAGUUUGGACGCAGGUGCAUGCAGCUAGCUAGCUUACGGACCGGACUUGUAUAGUGGACACAUGCAGCUUGAUUGUUUGUCAAACUGGUGGACGAUUCAACUCAAUCACGCCAGGUGAUAUUGCUGGUAGAAUGUUCGUCAUCAAUUCAUGCAUGGCCAUGAAAUGGGUACGUA